UACACUGAGUUCUACGGCACUCAGUUGUUCCCCUUCUGUCCCGCAUGCCACAAAUAGCAAAGAAGAACCCGACUGCACCGGCCCCAUCCCUGGUAGCGACUUCUUCUUCUUCCUCGUUCGCUCGUAGCAAACAACCUUCGCUGAUAAUUGCAGACCUGAGAGCGCUGAGAUCAGCUGACGAUCGGAAAUUCAGAGCAACCAAAUUGGUCAGGUGACCAGCGGAAGGCAAGGAGUGCGCGGGUUGCGGCCGCCUCUGUGAGCGCGCUCUCGUCUUUGCAGACUGCGUGGUCGCCUUCGCUCUUGUGGGCGUUGAUCCAUCAGUCAGUAAUCAUGAAGCUCAUAGCUUCUGUCCUUGCGAUCUUGGUCUCCUCCCUGGCUCUGGAGAACGGGCUCAUGAGGACACCCCCGAUGGGGUGGCUUGCGUGGGAACGAUUUCGUUGUAAUAUUGAUUGUAAGAAUGAUCCCCAUAACUGCAUCAGUGAGAAACUCUUCAUGGACAUGGCAGAUCGUCUGGCAACGGAUGGCUGGAGAGAGUUAGGCUACGUGUAUGUGAAUAUAGAUGAUUGUUGGAUGGCAAAGCAGCGGGAUUCAGCCGGACAGCUGAUUCCAGAUCCUGAGAGGUUCCCUAGAGGCAUCAAAGCCUUGGCAGAUUACGUGCAUGCACGGGGUCUGAAACUCGGCAUUUAUGCUGAUCUAGGCACCCACACUUGUGGAGGAUAUCCUGGCACCACGUUCAACCGAAUCGAACAAGAUGCUUUAACAUUUGCACAGUGGGGAGUGGACAUGCUGAAGCUAGAUGGCUGCUAUUCAUCAGCAUGUGAGCAGGCUGAAGGUUAUCCUAGGAUGUCCAAGGCUCUGAAUGCAACAGGCCGUCCAAUUGCCUAUUCCUGUAGCUGGCCAGCCUAUCGAGGGGGGCUUCCACCCCAGGUGAACUACACACUCCUGGCGAACGUAUGUAAUCUCUGGCGAAACUAUGAUGAUAUACAAGACUCUUGGGACAGCGUUCUCUCCAUAGUGGAGUGGUUCUCAGCCAAUCAGGAUGUCCUUCAGCCAGUGGCUGGCCCUGGCCAUUGGAAUGACCCAGACAUGUUAAUCAUUGGGAACUUUGGCCUCAGCUAUGAACAGUCUCUCUCUCAGAUGGCCUUGUGGACUGUGAUGGCUGCUCCCCUUUUGAUGUCCACAGACCUCCGAACUAUUUCUGAGUCUUCCCAGCAAAUUCUGCAGAACAAACUGAUGAUCAAAAUUAACCAAGAUCCCCUGGGAAUCCAAGGUCGUAGAAUCCUUCAGGAGAAAUCACGCAUAGAGGUGUUCCUGCGGCCACUUUCCCACUCGGCCAGUGCUCUGGUUUUCUUCAGUCGAAGGACAGACAUGCCAUAUCGCUAUAUCACCUCCCUUGCCCAGCUCAAUUUUACACAGAAUGCUGUAUAUGAGGCACAGGAUGUUUACACUGGUCAAAUCAUCAGUGGUUUGAAGGCUACCAACAACUUCACAGUGAUCAUUAAUCCCUCUGGAGUAGUCAUGUGGUAUCUCUACCCAACAAUGUACCUGCACCAGCCUUUCAGCUUUGUAAAGCAGCUAUCUGAAGCCUAGAUAUUCUGCAGCUCUACCCUGUGAUGUCAUGAGGGGUGCAUUCCAAUUGCUGAUGGUAGCUCAAAUGGGGGACAAUGGGAGAAACCACAUUGCACGAGGUGGUGAUUACACAGGCAAUGUAAAAACAGAGGCAAUGCAUGAUCCUAUAGAAUCACUUGGAAGUAAGCAUAACCCACUCCGCACAGAGUUGCACCAUUAGUGGUGGACAGAUGCUUUGAUCCUUGGGUGCGUUAAUGAUAAUAUAUGCUUAGAUCAUCUUAAACAGUAAAUGGAAAUUUAAGAUAUUCAGAUUAGACUCUGAAAAGGAACUUGCCCUGGAUUUUCCAUAAAUGGCCUGGAAAAAUUGUCUAUGAUCUAAUAAGCCUAAAUCCUUUUUUUCUUUCUUCCCUUACUGCAAGUAUUUUACCUGCAACAGUAUCGGAGGCAGCUAAUGAAGUAAAAUUUGAUGGCAUGUGCCAUUUUUUCUCCAUGUUCUCCACUAUCUGUAUCAGAGACUUACUAGUACCCAGAAUUGCAAAUUUUACUCUCCUAGGACUGCACCACUUCAGCUUGCAAUAAGGAUCAUAAGAUUAAAUGCCAAUUGUGGAAUGAUAGCAACUCAGGGAAAAGGGCGCUAGUCAGUCUUUUCCCUGACAUGCUAAUUUUUUUAUCAGCAGGGAAAUUUAUGGAGAGGAAUGGGUGAAAUAGGCAUAGCUCUGCAUUCUGUGACACACCCUUCCCGAAAUUAUAUCAUGUUGCUGUUGAAUGUAGUUUUGGCUUUUAGGAAUAUCAGUGCCCUGCUACAUCAGAUAAAAGAUCCAUCUAGUCCAGUCUUCUGUAGUUGGCCAGUUGCCUGUGGAAGCUUAUAAGCAAAGGCAACCCCCUCCCUGUCACAUUCCCCCAAUCUGUUGCAUUCAGAGGCUGUACACCUUAAUCACGCUUAAAGGUCAGCUCACCUAUGAUAAAAAUAAUAUGGUAGUAUAUAGGUAUUAGUUGAAUACAACUUAAGCCCUACUCAGAAUAGACCCAGUGAAAUUAAUGAACUUAAGUUAGUCAAGUCUAUUGACUGAAGUGGGUCUGCUCUCUGUAGGACUAGCACUGAAUCCCAUCCAUUAAGAGUAAUUGCACACUUGAUUUUGUGUAUAUGGGCACGUACAGAUUAGUUACAGUUUCCAACAUGUGAAGGCUAGGUGUAUAAAGCACAUUGUAAUCUAUGUCGUGGCUUUCUUGAACAAGCUUAUAUAGAAGUGUCUUGCAUGCAGCAGUGUUACAGGGAAUAUCUUGUUCACAUUAGACCCUAUAUUUUAGCCUGCUUCUGUAAAUUGCACCUUACACGGGCAAGAGAUGGGAGCAUGUGCAGCCUUUGCUUCUUAUCAACUGCUUUGACCACUGGUAUGCUUCUGGGCCUAAUUCAAGGUGCUGGUUUUUACCUGUAUAGCUCUAUGCAGACUGGGACUCGCAUUUUAAUAUCAAACAGCUGUCAUUAGAAGAAGCUUUGCCUUUAUCCUUAUCAGCUGGAAGCCAUGGAAUGGCCUCCUUCUGGAAUUCUCCUUUCACUUUCAUUUUGAAAGGUAUUUAAAACUCUGUGCAGUCUCCAGGAUUUCUCCCUAGAAUGAAUUACUUUUCUAAUUGACCAAUGCAUUUUCUAGCUUUUUAUUCUGAUUGUAAUUUUUAUUUUUACUGUAAGCCACUUUACAUCCUGCUUUUCCAGAAUACAUUCAAUAUUUUAAAUUAUUAAAUCAGAAUUCAAAUAAAGAA